CGGCUAUCUAUGGCCGGUCCGGAAGCUCUCGCUCAUGUUUUUCUUGCGGUACAGUGCUUGCGGUGAAUCGAUAGCUGUCUGUUGUAGUACGGUUUCGAAGAAAAAAGAGAAGCGCUACACUCUUUGCCGUUGCUCCAUACUGUGAUUGAAACGCCCUCGACUGUUAACGAAAAUGUGAUCCAAAAGCUGAAGCGUACUGACAAGUGUACCCACCGUCACGAAAGCCAGUCUUCCUCCAUGAGGGCCUGGUUUUCUGUUUAAGACAUCAUGAUCGCCAAACAAGCAUCUAGACAACCCCUGAAAGAAAAGUUUGUUCAGAUCUACGAAGGAUUUUUCAAGGGCGUCGAUCCUUCAGCAAAUAAUCAAAAUUUUUGGGACGAACUGUUUUUGUUAAAGGUCAAUGUGAACUUUAUACAACAACAGUUUGACAACCUGUCAGGGGAAGAUCUCGUCAGACUCAAGGAUACAAUAAACAACCUCUUUUACCACUGUGUACAAGCCUUGCGAAGUGACCAUCGUAUACGAGUAGUGAAUGCUUUGCAGACACUGUGUGCCCUUAUUCAAGGUGUCUACAAGAAAUCUCAUGGUGACUAUGGCUUUGACAUCAUCAAUCUCCUCAUUGGAUUUGAUAUGGCUGAAGCAACAAUGCAGGAACUGAUUGAAUUGAUCCGUGGCUUUCUGGAAGGUGAUUACACUCACAGCCUUAAAUCUUUGGUUCUCCGGUUUCUGCUCGUGCUUGUAACAGCUACUGAAAAUGUUAGCAAUAACACGCUGCUGGAGUAUGUCAUGAUGAACUGUGUUUUUGAAGCCAUUCUACAGCUGCUUGCAGACAAGCAUUCUCGAGCACACUGUGGCUAUGAUGCUGUUUUGGUCUUGACAAUACUUGUGAGCUAUAGAAAGUAUGAGGCAGCCAACCCUUACAUUGUGAAGCUUUCUAUUGUGGACAAUGAACUGGCAUUGAAUGGUUAUGGAAUGGUUGUAUCCACUGCCCUUGCUGAAUUCAACCGGCAAUUUCUGCAAGAACAAGCCGAGCCUCAAGCUGGUCUCUUCUCUACAGUAACCAACUUUGUUGGCACCAUGUUCCUUGCUGAUGAAGGAGUGCCCAUGAAAGACUCCGGAAGGAGCGAUGAUGCUGUUCUUCUUGCCCUGUAUGAGGCUGUUCACUUAAACAGGAACUUCAUAACGAUCCUGACAAAUUCUCAGACAGAGUCCUGUGCAACUGCAUCUGCCCCAACCAGUGGUGCUGCAUCUCCUACGGAACACUCGCCGCAUGACCUAGUCCCUGUUGAUGUGAAUACCAUGGAUCAGCCGCCGUCCAACCUGCUUGUCACAUUCUUGGAGUUCUGUUCCAUUGUAAUGCAAAAAACAAAAGUUGAAGCCAAUGCAAACACCACUAAGCUUGGGUUCAUCAUUCUCACCUGCAUCACUGAAGAUCAGUAUGCCAAUUCCAUGAUGCAUGAUGUCAACAUGGUCUUCAAGGUUCAGCUGCAUAGAAUGCCCAUGCGUCAUCGUAAGGUGACACCUCUGCGAGAUGUUCAUUCUCGACCCCUUGCCUGUGCACUCUUGGACCUCAUGGUGGAGUUUAUCUUCAGCCAUAUGAAAAAGAACCUGCUGAUUGACCUCUACCAGCGGUGCUUAGGUAUAAUUCACCGGCUACUUUGCUACCAGAAGAAGUGCCGAGUGCGGCUUCAAUACAGCUGGAAGGAGUUGUGGACAUCACUGAUCAGCCUGCUCAAGUUCCUGCUGAGCCGAGAGUCGGACUUUGUCAAGAAACAUGACAUCUUCCAGUUGGCUAGUCAAGUGGUGAACAUCUUCAACCUUUUCAUUACAUAUGGAGACACCUUCCUGCCUUCACCUGGGAGCUAUGAUGAACUCUACUAUGAGGUCAUCCGUAUGCACCAGGUCUUUGACAGCAUGUACUCAAUGGCACUACGUUACACAACUGGAGACAGCCAGUGGAAGGAUUCUGCAGCCAAACUUUCGAAUCAUUUGGUAAAUGUCAGGGCAAUCGUGAACCACUUCACACCAAAGAUUGAUUCUUGGUCUGCAGCCAACCACAUGUCGGCACUGACGGAAAAACAGGUUUUGGAUGUUGUGAGAAGCAACUAUGACACAUUGACACUAAAACUUCAUGACAAUCUUGACCAGUACGAAAAGUACUCUGAAAAACCAAGAGAGUCUCCAUUCUUCACACUGAUGAUUCGAAAUGUGGUCUCAGACUUCAGGCAGAAGCUUACACUGUCAGGUUUGGGUCAGGACAACGUCUUGAAGGAGUUCUCUACCAUAGCCUAGAAUAAAUUUUUCAAUUAUUUAGGA